AUGCACAUGUUCAUACAUCCGAUAAUGAUUUGUUGACUGUUGAGGGCAAUGGCGUGUAUGCCCCAAACUCAAUUCCUCGCUGCCCAUUCACCUUCAAAUUCCGGGUUCAAUUUUACAGGCGAGCUAAACAAACAUCCAUCCCAGGACCCAUUUAUUAUUAAUGUCACCCGCUGUAUGACAGCUUCCUGAUGAACAACCGGCUGCAGAGGAAAUCCUCUGUGACUCACCGUAUGUGAACCCUUUAACCCCGCCUGCCCUCAGGUCCUUGUUGCUGGAGAGGUGGUGUCGGCCUCGAUGGAGCUGAGAGACAGAGAUCAGGAGCACAGCUCGUAAACUCUCCAAAGGAAAGUGAUGUUUCACUGGUUUAUACUCACACUUAAGCUGCGCUCGAGCUCAGAGGAGUCUGUAAAUGAUUGACAGGAAUAAGGAACACUACACAUACACAAUUCUGAUGACAUACGUCAAAACACGCAAUUGUGAGAUCUUAGAAUAAUAACAGUGUUUUGGGAGAAUCAGAGUUUGUUUUAAAUCAUUAGUUGAAGAAAAUAGACAGUAAAGACUUAAUUAUUACUUAAGUAAAGUUACAUUUCCUUAGCAAAAAAUCUCUUAAUAACAGUGUCUAAGAAAAUGUUCUACACAUUUAUUUCACCAUUUUAGUUGUUUUGGGGGGCUUGGUUUAUCGUUGGUCAAACAAACAGUUUCCACCUUUCAUCUUGUUUAAAGAAAAGACUAUUAAGAGCCAAUUCAUAAUUCAUAAACUCUCCAGCAUUGUAUUCCCCAAACGCAUCGCCUGGUGAAAGCAGCGUCCUGUUUCUGAAAAAAAUGAUGAGGAAAAACUGUCUUAUGUUCUAGUCUUAUGUUCACAACAGUCUUUUCAGACUAAAUAACUUAUGGACCUAUUGUGAAAAUGGAUAAAUGAAUCUGCUGCGAGCCUGACGAGGCAGAGAAUGGAGUAUUUCUUAAGAAGGAAUAUUGUGAUUUUCAGUGUCAGCCUUCAUCUCAUUAGCAGUUCACACUGCAUGGCAAAUUAGAUUGAGCCGCCAUUACCAACCCCCACUCCCCCACACACACACACACACACCCACUCCCCCACACACACACACACACACACACACACACACACACACUCCCACACACAUGUAUUUAUACUGUAUGUAACGUUUAUAAUAUGCAAACAGGAUUGUAGGUUGAUGUUUGGAUCCUUGUUUUUGUGGAUAAAUGGUCAAAGAAACACUGACAAUAUGACACGAGAAAAAACACACUACAUUCUUCACGACUUCACCUCUAUUUUAUCUUUUCCCAUCUGUCAAAUCCUCAUCAGUUUAAUAGUCUCUUUGUGUUCACUGCCCUCAAACUGGAACCUCUCUUUUUCUCUCGGAGCAUCCCUCCCCUCUGCAGCCUCAGGCUCUGUCACUCUCCCUCACUUUCUGGUCUCUAGCGUGCCUUUGCUCUCCAUCUACCUUCCUCCCUGUUUCCUUCUUCUCCUCCCUCUCUUCCUCCUCCUCCUCCCGCUGCGCUCUCGACUCUCGCUCUCAUUCCCCCUCGCUCACACACUCGGGCAGCAUCCUCUCCAUUUCUACCUUCAUACUCACCUCCUCCCACCUCCCUCUCCGCUUUGCUCCUGUCGCCUCCUUCCCUCACCAUCACCUACUAACACCCAUCAUCUCUCGCAACCCCCCCCCGUCUCUUGUCUCCCUCCACCCUCUCCUCCAUUUCUCCCCUCUUUCUCACGCACCCAACCUUGUUGCCUCGCGCAAACUCGCGCGCACACUCAUGCUGAUUGGCACCCAAGGACGGAGCACCCUCUCCGCUGCGCCGGCGACCAGGCGGUUUCGCUCGCGGGGCCAGGCUUCUGAAAACUGAGCGCGGCUGAGGAAGAGGACGAGGAAGAGGCCAUGGAGCACAGCCACAUCUUCCCAGUUUUCUCCCCAAACGGGAGCACCUGGAGCCCGGGACAGCAUCCCACUGAGUUUGCACAGGCAUGUCCUCUCGGACCGCUGCCCGUCAUCUACUACAGUGUCCUGCUCUGCCUCGGCCUCCCGGCGCAGUGCUUGAGACAGGACAGACGUGCGCUGGCAUAACAAACAGCGCAAUGAAGGUUUCGCCUGCUUUGCCUCCUUCUUUGACGCGCAGAAGUGAGGCCUGCUCUUCGUCCGCUAACAUCCUGACUGUGGUCAUCCUGUCCCAGCUGGUGCUGCGUCGCCAGAAGUCCUCCUACAACUAUCUCCUGGCUCUCGCGGCCGCCGACAUCCUGGUGCUGCUCCUCAUCGUGUUUGUCGACUUCAUAUUGGAGGAUUUUAUUUUGGGCACGGCGCUGCCUCCGUCCCUAAACAACGCGGUGCAGGUCCUGGAGUUCUCCUCCAUCCACACCUCCAUCUGGAUCACCGUGCCUCUCACCAUUGACCGCUACAUCGCCGUGUGCCACCCGCUGCGCUACCACACCGUCUCCUUCCCGGCCCGCACGCGGAAGGUCAUAUUUGCCGUGUAUGUCGGUUGCCUGAUCUCCGCGGCUCCUUAUUACUGGUGGCCUGAGCUGUGGCACAGCUUGCCCGGGGUGGGCAGCGGAGGAGGAGGAGGAGGAGAAGAAGUAGCAGCAGGAGGAGGAGACGAGAGAAACAAGAGAACCGUGGCCCAGCACGUCCUGGUGUGGGCCCACUGCGCCACCGUCUACCUCCUCCCCUGCACCGUCUUCUUCUCCCUGAACGCCGUCAUCGUGCGCAAGCUGCGCCGGCGCCGCAACUGCUUCCGUCUGCGCGGCUACUCCACUGGCAAGACCACCGCCAUCCUCCUCGCCAUCACCUCCGUUUUUGCCGUUUUGUGGGCGCCGCGCACCCUCAUGAUCCUCUACCACUUCUACUCCCCGCCGCCGGCUUCACGGGGCGCCGGGCGACUGCUCCACGUGCUCACCGACCUGGCGAACAUGCUCGCGUUGCUCAACACCGGGGUCAACUUCUUCCUGUACUGCUUCAUCAGCAAGCGUUUCCGCGGCAUGGCGGCCAACGUCCUGCGGGCCCUGGUCAACUGCCGGAAGCAGCCGCCGCCGUUCUACGCCAGCCACAACUUUUCCAUCACAAGCAGCCCGUGGAUCUCACCGGCCAACUCCCACUGCAUUAAGAUGCUGGUGUACCAGUAUGACAAAAAUGGGAAACCCGUCUGUAUUUCCUCUUGAGUCCUCAGCCACCAGCGGCAGCGGCAGCCGGCGCCUCUCCCCCGCACCUCCUUCCCUCACCCCUCAGUUGUUGGGGCGCACAUUGUCUCCUUGGUGACCAGCUUUGCCCGCGUGGGCGCGUGAGUCUUUUGAGGCUUGAAAAUGUCAACAAGCCCGGGGAGCACACAGGGGAGCGCUUGGCUAGCUUUGAGCGCUAACAAAGUUGGUUGGCUGGCUACGUGGAAAGGCAAACAGUUUUCACAAAGCGGCGACCAGCAUCGAAAAAAGAUGUUUAUUGUUUCCCUCAUGCAAAAAAAAACCCCAAAAUGAUGCAGCUACUAAUGAGCGACCGACUCCUGACUCACGGGAUAUCACCGUCAUGUUUCAGUGACUUGAGCAACACAAAAUAGACUUUUUCGUUGACGCUCUCUGUUGCACGAUGCUGUAGACGGGAAGGAUUUGUGCGUCCUUGUCCUGUUGGGAGUCAUUUCCAGGAAAGCAAUGGUGGAUACCUCUGGUGGCCACUGAACAUCUGAGAGGCACAUCACUCAGGCAGAGGCAUCGACGGUAUCUCAAGAAAUCCGAAAACAGCGCUGUCAUUUUCCAGUUUAAUAUGCAGAAACCUUUGAAAGACAUUUCGACUUCAACAAACAGCCCUGGCUGACUUUCCUCUUGCAGUUGGGCCAAGUUCAUCCCAGCAGGCUCGUCUACAAGCCGGCACUCGCUCUGGAAGUCAAAUCAGUGAUUGUUGUAGGAUGAGUAGACUAUUCCGCUUAUUGUUGGUUCAAUAUUUAUUAUGGUAAACUUGACUGUUAGUGUUGCUUCACAAAAAUCCAAGACAAAAGUCUUGUUAAUCUAGCAAUCCCAUUUCCAAUAUUAGGUAGAGGAAGUUUCUGCUAUUAGUAGAUAGUCCUCUAUUAGCUAUUAAUGGUACUUGGUGACUACUGUUAGCCAUUAACUGAAUGAAUAUAUUGAAUGUUGCACCUCCUCAACACUUUAGCUUUCUUAGCGACAGAGAGCAAAACAGAGAGGCAGAGAGGAUUGUUUUCCCCGUCCAAGGUUUUCUGUCCAAUGAUGCAGCAGUGAAUUUGGUCUCAGGGCCGCAGUGAGACAUUUCAGAUCCGUUCAUUCUGCUGCUGGCUGAUGGAAAUGGAGUUAAAUUUUAAAACGACACACACUCACGUACAUUGACACUGCCUCGGUGCCGCCCGAGUCCUGCCCAGUAACAGACGUUGACACACACACACACACACACUGUGCAUUGGAUGUCCCCUGUAUUUCCCAUAGAGGAGCACAUUGAGAUCAAUGCACAUCCAUUCUGCGGACACCUCGCGGCAUUAGCAGUCCUCAUCUAUCCAACAAGAAUGGAGCUGCGCCAAAGGGUGUAUGUCUGCUAAUGCAUUGAGAUAUCAGGCACGUCAGGCCCCGUUUUAAUGGAUGAGUCCUUAAAUCAGAUUUGGUUAUUCUGUCAUAGCUGGUCUCAUGCCCCCACUACAAACGUCUGACACCUAGUUCAAUUUUUUUUUUGCCUUUUUCUGCAAUUCGAGCUGCCUGCAUUGCACGCAGCUGGACUUGUGAUCACAGCCUAAUCGCUACCUUCCAUUUGAUUUGGACAUAACAAUGUGGUCAUCGAAUGAACUAAAUUGCAAAAGGUGCCUUGUGAUGCACGUAUAUGUGAAACAAAAAAAUGUUCCAUGAAACAUGAACACAAAGUAAUUUGUAGCAAGAAAGUCAACCUGCAGUAAUUGUGCCGCUCUGAAAAGAACAAGCAAUGAACGUUUGAAAAAAGCACAUUAACGAUUUUGAAACUUUAUUGAACAGCUCAUAAAAUAACACUGUAAAACUGUGUUUUUGACCUUUAAAAAGUGCCGUUCUUCAUCCAUCAACCUCACCUUCAUGCUUUGAAGGAUUUUUAAAUGUUGGCAAUUUCCCCCCAUAAUGUGUCUUAGUAGGUGUCAGACCAGUGAAGUUGCCAUUUUGCCAAGUUGCCAUUUUGUAAGCAUUUAUAAUGCUUAAUUUGCACAUCUAAACAUGCAAUUUCAGAAAUCUUGUAAUAGAAAAGUAAUAGUUUGAAUCAAAGUAACUAAUUGGGAAGGUUUGGUAGAGAAGUAUUAGUGUAUGUUUACUCUAUUAACCACACUAUUUCUAUCUAUAUUCUGAAUUGUAUGGUUGUUGACAGUAUUAUUGAUUCAUUCGGUAAUAAAAAUGGAGAUAUCUAAAAUGCC